CCUGAUUUCUUUAAUAUAAAGAGAGUUUAACUGGGGGGUAGACCUUUUAUACUUUCCUGUCAGGUGCCAGCAGGCCUUAAAUACCCUGAACAGCAGCACCUGGGUGCUAACCCACAGGCUCAGGGAGGGAAAUGCUAUUUAAGCUCUGGCCCAAGCAUCAGCUGAGGUGUUAGGAACUGUGUGGAUGGGGCUGCCCCUCGGGGUGGGGGUCAAGUGGGAGCUGAUAAUGGCUGUAUCUUUAUCAGGCAGUACCAGCGGUGCUGGUAGUAAGCUGUGCUGUAGGGAGCGAGUCAGAAAGGGCUUUGCUGGGGGCAGCUGUGCCUGCUGGGGCAGGAUCAGGCUGGAGCCAGUAUGCAGCACCCCCCUGGGCUGCUGCCCUACAGAGCUGGCACCUAAGGAGUGGGAAAAGGGAUGCAGGAUGAAGACUGCGCUGUGUAAGAAACAAUUCUGGGGCUCAGCCUGGGCAGUACGAGGAAUGCAAACGGACAGCCACUUCUCUGAGGUCUGCCUUGCCGAAAAGGGGGACGGCCUGCACCCUGUCAGCGGCACAGGGCUGAGGGCGAGGAUGGCGGAGAGCGAGGCUGAGACCCCCAGCACGCCGGGGGAGUUCGAGAGCAAGUACUUCGAGUACAAUGGCGUGCGGCUGCCGCCCUUCUGCCGGGGGAAGAUGGAGGAGAUCGCCAACUUCCCGGUGAGGGACAGCGACGUCUGGAUCGUCACCUAUCCUAAGUCAGGCACAGGCUUGCUACAGGAAGUGGUUUAUCUAGUGAGUCAGGGAGCUGAUCCAGAUGAGAUUGGACUAAUGAAUAUAGAUGAACAACUUCCAGUCCUAGAGUACCCUCAGCCUGGUCUGGACAUCAUCAAGGAACUAACAUCUCCUCGCCUCAUAAAAAGUCACCUACCAUAUCGUUUUUUGCCUUCAGACCUCCAUAAUGGCAAUUCAAAGGUAAUAUACAUGGCUCGCAACCCCAAAGACCUGGUGGUGUCCUAUUACCAGUUUCACCGCUCCCUAAGAACCAUGAGCUACAGAGGAACAUUUCAGGAGUUCUGCAGAAGGUUUAUGAAUGACAAGUUAGGAUAUGGCUCUUGGUUUGAACAUGUCCAAGAGUUUUGGGAACAUCACAUGGAUGCCAACACGCUUUUCCUCAAGUAUGAAGAUAUGCACAAGGACCUAGCAACAAUGGUUGAGCAACUGGUGAGGUUUUUGGGAGUUUCUUAUGACAAAGCACAGUUGGAAUCCAUGGUGGAACACUGCCAUCAACUCAUCGAUCAGUGCUGUAAUGCAGAAGCGCUUCCUGUUGGCAGGGGUCGAGUUGGGCUAUGGAAAGACAUCUUCACUGUUUCUAUGAAUGAGAAAUUUGAUUUAGUUUAUAAACAGAAGAUGGGAAAAUGUGACCUCACAUUUGAUUUUUAUUUAUAAAAAUGCAUGCAUAUGAUAUCCAAAUGUAGCUAGAAGUGCUUUAUGCAUUCAUUUAUUACCUGCUGGACAAACUACUGUAGCUAUUAUGUGUAACAAGAUUUAAAGAAAGAAAAACAAUCAAAAUAAACCGUAGAUCAAGUAAACAAUCUAAGAAAACCUUAAACAAUUUAAGUGUAAACCAGAUAUGAUUAUCUUUGAUCCUAAACAGCUGUUCAUUUUCUGGUAUUUUAAUUAGUUGUCCACAUGCAAGAACUUCCUAGACAACACUAGAACAUUCAGCUGUUAAGAAAUUGUAUUAUGUAUAAGGUAUGUAUCAUAUGUGCAACUAGAAUGUACACCUUUUCAGGCCCAUCUUGCUUAUUUAAUGUUUUAUAAAGCUUUUCACGAAGACCUAAAUAAAUGUCCAUAAACCAAAUAAAUUAUUUCAGAGGGGAACAAGUAACAGGCCAAAACUGUAUGCUAGAAUGAUCUCAGGGGUUAAUCAUCACAUUUAUUUUUAUAGCUGGUAAAUCAAGUAUAAAUAAAUCCCAUUCCAAAAUAAAUGAUCAAAGUCGGAUUCACAUUAAGUUCUGCACACCCUUAUCUCUAUAAUUUCUGAGUAGGUUCUGUGUACUGGUGCACUCUGCAAGACAGGCCUCGUUAUGAAAUAUAGCUGUGAUUGUCACUAAUCCCCAAGCUCAUGCAUGCUUUCAUGGAUGGCUGCAUGCAGCAGUCUUCUUGAUGGAAGAAGUUCAGCUCCAUCCAGAAGGUCAGCAAACAGAAGCUUUCAGCCUGCAGCUCUAGCUUAGUCCCUCAAAAUGGGGACCAAGGCAUCUGGUGCAGAGGUCUUUUUUCAGGAAUCAGUCUCUAACUCAUGUUGGUUUACUGUGCAGACCUGAAUUUCACCGAUUAGAUACAGUCAGAGAAGAUAAGGUGCUGGAUAUCCUCCUGUUCCACCAAAAGUUAAGGGCAUUCAGCACUGUUCUCUGUGCUACUGGACUCCCUCAGACCUAAGAUAAAGUGGAUAUGUGUGACAAUGUAAGCAGGCAGAGGAAAUGGCAGCAAUGAGGGAAGAGAGUUUAAAAAUACACCACCAGGUGGGAGUAUUGUACAAAUAUUCAUGCAGAAUAGUUUCAGUAAUUGUUAGCCAUGGCUUGUUGGUCUGGAUUGUGAUCAGGAGGAAAGUUGAUUUCUUUUUUUAUUUUCGAUGACAGGUACACAAACAGCCUGAAGCAGGCUCCUAUUACUGUAAAACUUUACAGAAUUAUUUUAUUCUGUUAGGUAAUGACAUCAAUGCCUUUUAGGUUCUCAGUGGCAGGAGGCCCAUUUUUGCUAGUCAAAUAUUCAGUCUCACCAAAAGCCACGAGGAAAAACUAGCAGAUUUUUGGUGUUUCAGUUUUGUUGGGAAACAAACUGUCAGUUUAACUGGCAAGUGGUGUAGCAUGAUGUGGCUUGACAGCACUUUUCCUUGUAUAUUUGUGAGUGAAAAUGCUUUCAGUGAAAUUUUAUUUCUAUUUUUAUAUUUUUAGUACUGUAUGAAUAUUAAGCACUACACAUUAUACUUCUGCGCUUGCUUGCUUAUUGAAUAAAAGAUGUGUUCC